AUGUGCUUCACACAAGUGGUAGCUGGUUUCGAUUACGACGACGCGCUCGGGAAGACAUUUCUGUUCUUCGAGGCGCAGCGCUCCGGCAAGCUUCCGGCAAACCAGCGAGUGAAGUGGCGGGGGGACUCCGGGCUGCAGGAUGGGUUCCAACAAGGGGUUGAUUUGGUGGGGGGCUAUUAUGAUGCUGGUGAUCACGUCAAGUACGGCUUCCCGAUGGCCUUCACCGUCACCAUCUUAUCAUGGAGCGUCGUUGAAUAUGCCAAGGAAUUGGGUGCAACCAAUCAGUUAGAUUACGCCCUCGACGCCAUCAAAUGGGGCACAGACUACUUCAUCAAGGCACACAGCCAGCCAUACACCUUGUGGGCUCAGGUUGGUGAUGGUGGCACGGAUCAUUAUUGUUGGGAGCGGCCGGAGGGCAUGACAACACCAAGGACUGCCUACAAGAUUGACUCAAACAGCCCAGGUUCCGAACUUGCAGGAGAGACUGCAGCUGCUUUGGCUGCUGCUUCUCUAGCUUUCAAGCCUUAUGACCCUCAGUACUCUGCUCUUCUUCUCUUACAUGCAAAACAGCUCUUUGAAUUUGCAGAUCAGUUUCGAGGCUCAUAUGAUGACAGCGUCCCUGUUGUAAAGGACUACUAUCCUUCCACAUCUGGAUAUAUGGAUGAGCUACUUUGGUCAGCAGCCUGGCUCUUUAGGGCUACAGGGGAUAGCUACUAUAUGAACUACGUGAUAAACAAUGCAGUUGAGAUGGGUGGAACCCAGAUUGCGAUCACAGAGUUCUCCUGGGAUAACAAAUAUGCUGGCCUUCAAAUCCUCCUCUCAAAGGUAUUGAUGGAGGGACAGGGUGGUUCAUACGUCCCAACGUUGAAGCAGUAUCAAGACAAGGCUGCAUACUUCCUCUGCGCCUGCUUACAGAAGAACGGUGGCUACAACGUUCCCUUGACUCCAGGAGGGUUGCUGUAUUGGAGAGAAUGGAAUAACAUGCAAUAUGUGGCCGUCGCUUCCUUCCUUGUAGCUGUCUACUCUGACUACCUCAACUCAACAAACACUCAGCUCAGUUGCCCUGACGGCCAACUCUAUUCCUUGGAUCUCCUGAAAUUUGCAGAAUCUCAGGCUGAUUACAUCCUGGGGAAGAACCCCAGAUCCAUGAGUUACUUUGUUGGGUAUGGCAACAACUUCCCCACCCACGUCCAUCACCGGGGAGCUUCGAUCACGUCGAUGGCUGAGCUCGCAUCGCCGGUUGGGUGCACCGAAGGGUUCGAGGAGUGGUUCAACCGUGCCGGGAAUGAUCCCAACGUGUUGGUCGGAGCUCUGGUCGGUGGUCCGGACAAGAACGACAACUAUGUAGACCAGAGAUGGGAGUAUGACCAGAGCGAGGCCACAACUUACAAUACUGCGCCCCUGGUGGGCCUCUUUGCCAAACUAUACGGUGCGGUUCAGCAGCCGGCCGGUCAGCCUUUCUAA